UUCAAGACAGCGUUUGUGGUAAACGCCCUUUUGAAUGUUCCAUUCUGUUUCAACGCUAUCCUUACCAAAGCUCUUGGUAUCUUGUCAAUAUGGCCAUCCCAUACACUUCGCAAGGCACCAACAAACUUGUUGUUGAUUGGGCUUGCAUUAUCGGAUUUGGGAGUCGGAUUAAUCGUUCAGCCGUUCUUUAUCGCAUUUUUGCUCUCCUUCGCUGAAACUGGAGCAGGUACUUUCACAUGUUUGACGUCUGUAGCUGUCAGCGUUUUCGGUUCUGUCUUAACAUCCGUCUCAUUUGGCACUGUUGUUAGCGUAAGUAUAGAGCGGUAUAUCGCACUUCGUCUUCAUCUACGCUACGAGGACGUAGUUAAAGUAAAAAGAGCGCGAAACUUUCUGAUAACGCUUUGGCUUAUUGGUGGAACAUUGCCUUUCAUUUGGGUGUGGCUCACUCCAAAAUACAGAUCCCAUUUCUUUUCCACUCGAAUACUUCUGUGUCUUGUAAUUUCAUCCGUGGCUUACAUCAAAAUUUAUUGAAUCAUUCGUUAUCACAGGAGACAAAUCAUAAGUACUGAAAUGAACGCUAGAAACCGUGAGAAGAUGACCCAGCGAAAACGAAACACUUUUAACAUGCUCGUAGUACAUUGUGUUCUUGUUUUGUGUUAUCUUCCGUACUCGAUCUGCUUGCUUGUUGUCAAAUCUUACGACUACACGAAUUGCAGCUGGAUUGGCAUAAACUUUGCUCUUACAGUUGUCAAUAUUAAUUCUUCUGUUAAUCCAUUUAUCUAUUGCUAUAGAAUGCGACAAAUUAGGCGAGCC